UGUCCUACGUAAAUACGAUAAUGCGAUAAUCGCAAUACGAUGCGACCGAUACGAUUUCUAAAAAUAAACAAAUCACCGGAAACGAACGGGAGUGUCCGACGUGACCAAUGCGACACGACCGAUACGACCGGUUUUAUCGGAUGCGUUUAGUCGUAUGCGUUGAAAAACAAAAUAGUUUGUUUUUGAUCGCAUAUUCGUAUGCGAUUUUCACGCUGGAUGUUACUUAUUAGUUAUUACGUAUAUUAUAAUGUAAUAUUAUUGUAUUAUUACAUUAUUUUUUUAUUACCUUAUUUUACUUACCUAUAUUAUUUUAUUUAAUUAUGGAAUUAUUAAUAUCGGAAAUACAAAAGAGAAAUGUGUUGUGGAAUAAGUGGAACAAAAAGUAUAGGGAUAGAUUAAUUUCCGACAGAGAAUGGGACGAAGUUGCAAAAAAUACAAAAAUGGAUAAGGAAGAGGCAAAAAAAAAGUGGAGAAAUUUACGAGACACUUUCUUAAGAGAGAAAAAAAAAGUUAAGAAAUGCCGCUCAGGAGAUCCACAAGAAAGAGCUGAAAUAUAUACUGGGAAAUGGUCUUAUUAUAAUUUGUUGCUUUUUUUAAAAGAUACCACAACUCCAAGGGUUUCUGAUGGAAAUAUUACGGAUGAGGAAGUUACAGAAAAUUAUGAAGAUAAUCAUAUUAUUGAUCAGAUAAAUAAUGAUGACUCUUAUAUUACAGAUACGGGAGUAUCAAAUCCUUAUACGAUAGAUAUUGUAAAUAAUUAUGUAUCAACACCAGAAAUUGAAACAGAGAUUAGUCAAAGUACUCAAUUUAUACACACACAUGAAACAAGUACACUAUCAACACCAGUAACAAACCAGUCUAGUGAUUCAGAGCAUUUACUAUCUCGAAAAAGAAAGAAACCAAAAGUAGACGAUGAUAAGUAUUUGGAAAAUUUAUUAAAAAUUGAAAGUCAAAAAGUCGCAUUGUUGCAACAGUUUACCAAUGUAACUGCUCCAGAAAUUGAUGAAGAUAUGCUUUUUUUCCAAUCUCUUUUACCAUAUUUAAAAAAAAUGGAUUCCAUUCAAAAGCUUCGAGUGAGAAAUCAAUUCCAAAAUAUUUUAAUAAAUGAGUUGUCGCAAAAUCAAGAAUCAUCAUUAAAUGUCGCAUUAUCUUACUUGUCCUAAGUUUAUUAAACAACUUACUGUAUACAAGUAGGUGCAAAAUACACUUUAAAGAUUUAAAAAUGUACCUACAUUUAAAAUAUUGUUUUAAAUUAGUUAUUUAAAAGAAAGGUUUUUUAUUUUGUUGUUGAAAAAUAUUUAUUCAUUUUUUUUACUACUUAUUUUGCAGUAAGUUAAGGGUGUCUGCUUUAAAAAAAAAAUGUAUUUAACAAUAUUGUAAUACA